UGUGUGUAAAACUGUUUGUGCCGUUAGUUUAGUAGUUAGUGGUAGUAGUAAUCUGUAUGAUAAUUAGUGGACAGUUAGCUUUAAUCACCUAAACAAAUCAAAUGGAUAAACAAAUCGACGACUAUCUGGUCAACCAGUUGGCCGUAGCGGUCGGCGGCCGCAACACUACAGCCUUCUAUUGGCUACACAAAUACUGGGACGAACCGUCCGACAGUCGUACCCGCGACUACUUUCUGGUACAUCCGUCCCUGAUAUCCAUGUCGUUGUUGAUGAUUGUCUAUAUGCUGAUGGUAACUGUGCUAAUACCGGCCUACAUGAGGAACCGUAAGCCAUACGGUUUGAAAGCAGCCGUCGUCGGCUACGAUAUACUAAUGGUGGCAAUCAAUGGUUACUUUUUUGUCCGUACACUACAAAUCUCACGAUUCGGUCUCGAGAUGUGGAACUUUCGCAAUACUAGAUCGGAUGUCACGCCUAAGGCCAUGGAGUUUAUCGAUACGGCCUACUUGUACUACCUGUCCAAACUGGUCGAUAUGGUCGAUACAUUUUUUAUGGCAUUCAAGAAAAAAAACAGUCACAUAUCGUUCCUUCAUGUCUGGCAUCAUAUCUCGUUGCCGUUUGCCGGCUGGCUGUUCAUGAAAUACAAUCCAUACAUGCCAACCAUAUCGAUCAUACCUAUAAUCAAUACAUUCAUACACGUAAUCAUGUACUCGUACUAUGCUAUGGCAGCCAUGGGACCCCAGUAUCAACGAUAUCUAUGGUGGAAACGUUAUAUAACCCAGAUCCAAUUGAUCCAGUUUGUCUGCGUAAUGCUAUGGUUUGUCGUAGUCUAUCAAAAACAAACGGAUCUACCCCUCGGCUAUAUGGCCUGUAAUUUCGGUAAUGCUGUUUUCCUGUAUGUAUUGUUUGCCGGUUUCUAUCGGAACGCCUAUAAGUCGGCGGCGGCGGCAGCGGCCGCGGCUAAGACUACAACAGCGAUCGGUACUAAACAACAAGUGGUCACCGAUUAUACCGAUAAGUUAAAGACACAAUAA